GUUGGGGGUGGGGGGAUUUGUGCGUGGCCUCAAGGCCUAGCGAGGUGUGUGUUUAGCGCCGUCUUUGUCUUUCUUUGUUUUUAAUCGCGUCGGUGAAGAGGUGAAUUUAAACGAACGUUAUAAUCGGGCGAGGUAUUUUCUUCACGGCGUCUGUCGGGAGGGUCGUAACUGCCCCUACUCACACGAUCUGAGCACUAGCAAGCCUGCCAUGUCCUGCAAGUUCUACCAACGUGGGCGCUGCGUCUAUGGAGACGGCUGCAGAUACGACCAUGUCAAGCCGCCCGCCCCAUCAAAGCAGCAACAUGCAGCGCCGCCGUCGGCAGCCAAAGCUCCCCCACGCCCCGUACCGCUCACAUCCGAUUGUGGGGCCGCUCCGUCCAAGCUGACACCGCUGAGCCGUGCCAAGCAGGGCUCCGAGACAGGGGGAGCCACGGCAGCGGGGAAACACGGGCUCAACCAUCCACUCGGCAAGGCCGGGGGGGCGGCCGACUGGGUCAACGCAGCCGAGUUUGUGCCCGGGCAACCCUACAAUGGCCGAGAGGUCCCGUCGUCGUACCUGGCGGCGGCGCAAGAGGGGCUACCACCACAGGAGGAACCGGUCCCACCGCCGGCGCCAGCGGGCGCCUCCCAGCAGCUGUGCCCGUACGCGGCGGUGGGCGAGUGUCGCUACGGCGACCACUGCGUGUACCUGCACGGCGACGUGUGCGACAUGUGCGGCCUCCAGGUGCUGCACCCGUCCGACUCGGAGCAGCGCACGCAGCACCACCGGGCGUGCGUGUCGGCCCACGAGAAGGACAUGGAGGCGGCGUUUGCGGUGCAGCGCAGCAGCGGGGUGGUGUGCGGCAUCUGCAUGGAGGUGGUGUUUGAGAAGGCCCGCGCGUCGGAGCGCCGGUUUGGCAUACUGUCGAGCUGCUCGCACGCGUACUGCCUCUCCUGCAUCCGCAAGUGGCGUCGCACCAAGCAGCUGGAGAACAAGGUCAUCAAGUCGUGCCCCGAGUGCCGCGUGACGUCCGACUUUGUGAUCCCGAGCGAGUACUGGAUCGACUGCAAGGAGGAGAAGGACAAACUCAUCCAGAGCUACAAAGACGCCAUGGGGCAGAAGGCGUGCCGUUACUUUGACCAGGGCCGGGGCUCGUGUCCAUUUGGAGUGAAGUGCUUCUACCUGCACGCGUACCCCGACGGGCGCAAGGAGGACAAGGCGCGGGCGCGCAAGCAGCACGGGCAGGAGGGACACGUGCGGUUCCAAAGCUCGAUUCGGCUGUGGGAUUUCAUCGAGGAGCGGGAGAGCCGGGCGGCACUGCUCGACUCGGACGACGACCUCAUCUUCUCGGACCUCAGCGAUCUCCUCUUCAUGCUGCUCGCGGGAGAUGCCGACUUCGCCACCGACUCCGACGACGAUUCGGACCUCUUCGACGACUCGGACCCCCUCGACGACGACGACGAGUUUUUCCUGUGACGGUUUCCCCCGGCUCUCGCCCGCUUGCCUUCCCCUCCCCGUGACGCGCGAACAGCUCUCGCUCCUCGUCCUCCUCCCGUUCCGCCAGCGACUUCGCGCACCGCUCCGCGCCGCCCAUUUGUCUGCACCGCCUUAUUGUGCCGCCCUCCCCUUUCUCCUGGGGGGGGGGGGGGGGUCUCCGUUCGUCUCCGUCGACCGUUAUUUUCCCGCCGUAAUUUUUUUUCCCCAGCGAUUUAACCUUCAUCAGGUUUGAAUUUUUUUCUCCCCCCCCCCACCCCCGCGCCAAUCGUGACGGUGACGUCAUGGGUGGCGAUUUAAUUUAUUUGCCGGGAGUCGUGCGAAGGUUCCGCAGGCCUUGGUGCAGCCACGGUCAGCCCGAGCUGCUCCGCUUUUGGUCCACGGUAUUAGCCGCGAGACAGUUUCAUUGAUCCAAGGGUUACACUGGAGAUUGGCAUUCAUUGGCUGCCCAUCCAAGGUUCUGCCCUGGCCAAUCCUGGGCCGCGAUACUCGGCACUGGCCUGCGUACAUUGUGCUGCACGAUUGACUGUGCUCGGGCAUGACCAUGCGCCAAUUUGUUCUGCCGUUUAUUGCGGCUGUUGCCGGAGGCGGCUGCUGUUUUGGAGACCUCUCUCGGGAGAGGACGAUGGUGGUGGUGACGGAGUGAGUGGGGGAAUGGGAGGGAUCAUUCUGUAAAGGUGUUGAUUUCACAAAGGGCUAUCUCAGCGGAGUGGGGGUGGCGGGGGUUUGGAUGCUUAUGCUUGCGCUGACAUCAAAUCUGGCAGUGCACGUGGGAGAUGGGAGGGUGACGAUCACAGUUCAGAGGGGGGCGAGGUGGUCAGAUGCAAUGAACGAGUCGAGGCGCCUGGUAGAUGAGGCGGUAGUGAUGCUUCGUUCUCGCGGUGUACUGACUUGACGUCACACGCGAUGCAGACAAACUCCUGAAUAGUAGUUUGGGCCUCCACUGGAUCCACUCAGCCCAAAACGAACGCCCGGUGUUUGAACACCCCGUGUCAAGUCGGCGCCACUACCUUCUCAUCUGCCGGGCCAGCAAUUGAAACACUCGCCUGAGGCUGUGGUUCCCAGUGCUGCAUCCCACAAGUAGGGACUGAUGUUGGACCCCUCUUGAUUCUUUCGCUCUGCUCGCUGCCCAUCGCGAGUUCCCAAUGGACGGCUGCCUUGCUGCAGUCGAGUUGGCAGCCCCAGCUUCUUGUGAGCCCUGGCUCCGUGGCGGGGGGGGGAAACCUUGGCCUGCAGUGUCGCGAGCGAUCGCCUGGUUUGCAAGUGCCGGGACGUUCUGUCUGCAGGCAGGAUCCACUUCUCUUUAACCUCUCAAAAUCGUUAAUUCGUGAAUGUCGGUACCUGCACCUUGCCCUUACCCCAUCACCCCCCCCCACCCCCCAUUGCCUCCGCGCCCAGCGUAGUGGUGUAAUGCACAGACGACGUGUGUAGGUGUUUGCAACUUGGCCUGAAAACUCGGACUUGGGAAAAUUCUCCCCCGCCACCGCCUCGGCCCUAAAGCCGGCUCCGCACCUGAGAAAUGGGUUGCGCAACUUGUUAGCAUGCAACUGAAUCGCUUACGUGUGUGCAACUAGUUGCUUGGAGACGGACGACUUUUGAGAAGCGACAUUUAAAACGUGCACGUUUGUGAACUGUGAGUAGUCGUUACGAUCUGGAAUGCGCACUGUCUAGUUUCCCUGUUGCACAAUUGCUCGUUCAGUUCUGGUCAAAGCAGUUGCAGGCGAUUUUUGUGCAAGUUUCGAGAGCGGUGUGGAUCUGGCUGAAGACUCGAGCACAUAAAGACCUCUAACUUGCGUAACUAGCAGUGUUGACAGUCCGGCAUACUCGUAUUCGUUACACAGUACGUUUCUCAGAAGAUCGAAACAAAUAUACGUACUCUUUAACAGUGCGACCGCGGUCCUGCGUCACAACGGGCGGCUAUGUGGAUUUAAAAAAAGCUCCAUUGGGCUUGCGUUGAGUGAUGGGUGCACAGGCUCGGGGAAACGUGAGGCAAGCCUUGGAAGUUUUAGGACUCGUCGGCAUGAAUCGUUGUUGGCUUUCCCGGCUCCUUGCAAUUAACAAGACCCAUAGACCCAUCGCUUCCAGGCGUGCUCUCGAAAACGAUGGCUGCAACUUUAUCUCCGGAAACUGUUUAUUAUACUCAACCUGCACCCAGUAGAUACAUCGCAACCUCGCUGUUCAAUCGAAACUUCUGGCUGCCCUCUAGCUGCUGCUAACGUUUCGUUAAGGCAAAGCAGAGAUUCUAGUUUUAAACCAAACGCUGUCAAAUUCUUGGUUGUUUGAGAACAUUUUCUCAACAAGGGCGCUCAUUCGUUGCAGCCGCUUAGCCUGUCCCGUUGUGCGACUCGUUAGAGGGAAGCCUGCUCCUUUAUUUUCCCCGAGUUGAAUAACUGCUACACUCACUCACGCGCGCACGCACGCCACUUGUGUAAAGUGGCAGAGUGCAGCCUGCAUGUUAGGGUGGGGACGGUGGCGGUGCUGGGAAGGCGGCACCGGCGGCGUUGUGCCUCCCCUGCUCCGCCUGCCGUCGCCACCUCCUCCCCUCGCGCCUUGCCCUAUCGUACCUCACCCGGGCAGCGCGCGGUGGGGGCGGCACUGUCAUCGCGGCGUAGCCAUUGCGGCAAUGCCGCCAUCGCGUCGUCCGCGGAGCGAGCGAGCGUGCUGCGGUGACGGAGAGAAACGCUCGGGCUUGCCCGGUACUGGGAGCUUCUAAACCGCGAGAGGCUGGGGCGGGCCAGUUGGCGCCACCACCGGACAGGAUGCAAGAACCCCGAACGGACCAAUUGGGUGCGACAUAAUGAGCAGGCAGUUUGUGAGGUGCACCGUAGUACAAAUAGGACGUUGUGUGGCAGGUGGUUCAAAUAGUCCGUAAGGUGAUAUGUGAAGACAGGUAAUGUGAGACUCCCAUUGUGCACGUCGUUUUGAAAAGCCAUGCGCAGGCAGGAAGGAAGGUAGGCAGCCCGUAAGAUUGAUCGUACCACAAGAGAUGGGUUGUAACUUGGAUUGGAUCUCAAGACAGCGUUGUCGUGUGGGCAGUGAAAAAGUGGCGUCACCACUUGGGAGACCUCUUUAAUGUCCUCCUUUAUCCCCUACCACAUCAUUAUCACAAAUGAGGCAUAUGUUACCAUUUGAGCCUGAAGCCAAUUCAAGGUUUUUCUUGAUUUUUGCCAAUUGAAACAUGAAUGACCUUUGUUAAUUUUCGGAUUGAGGUAAACCUAAGCUGGUUUAAAUCACCAAGUUUAACAAAGUAGUUGAGCUUUAUCAUCAACCAAGAGGUGGGAUAAAUCAGAAAGUUGCCUUUAGCUGCUGUGAAAGUCAAGGAAAUGUUGCUAUCAAAUUUGAUCACACUACAUCCACUUUUAAGAUACUGUUCUCAAAUAAGAAAAUGCCAUCUGCUGAGUGACCAGUCCAGACUGGCUAUGUACUGUAGACUCAGGAAGAGUGAUUGCACAUUUGGAGUUCCCCCCGAGUUAUUUUAUGGAGGGGUGUGCGUGGGUUGGUUUUUGGAGAUUCCUGCUCCACACUCUUUUGGGUCCCUUCCACAAUAUUUCUCCACCAGCCGUGGUUUGGACUAUCGCACAGAAUUUGCCCGCAUGGCCUCUAUUCUACCUCAUUAAACUCGUAACUCCCACUGCGUUUUGUCCCAGUUAUUCCCCAAGUGGACUUGAGUUUUCCCAUUUUGGUGCCGCUGCUUAGACUCCGAUGGGGCACGCGCGACGGGACCCGUACAUUGUUCCAGCCGGGAGAGCCGUGUCCCAGCGCGAAGUGAACUCGAGCGGCCGUUGAUUUUAUCCGUUGAUUAAAACAAAAGUAAAAUAAACCGGUAAACCUAUUUGCACAUUUUGCGACGCGGUGGUGGUCAAAAUGAGUAGGGGCUUGGCUACAACCACUAAAUCGUAAUCGAGAAGGAACGACGAGCGAAUCCUCGCGCGCGCCAGACCUUGGUGCGCGUUCGUGAGCUACGCACUCGCCUGAAGCUUCCAGUACCGGGGCAAAACAUGCGUGCGCGUGUUGCCUUAUCGAAGCCGCGGCGUCUUUUGGCACGCAAAUGGUGGACGCCGCUGGACGAUCGAGCGCCGGUUUUUCGCGAGCCGCGGUGGAGGUUUUGUGGGGGGUUGAGAGGGGCGAGUUUUGACGACCCGAGGCGCUCGCCCAUUGCUCGUACGGGUUUUCCUCUCCAUUCCAUGUACAAUCUUGUAGAUAACACAAUAAAUAUGAACUUUGGUUGCCUCUCCAUUCCCGUGGUGUUUGUGCUGAGGGU